AGAAACAAAAAAAAAAGGCUGAAAGGAAAUAAACUGAAAUGGAUACCGGCAUUCCAAUCCGAACCACCUUGGACAACUCGACAACAGUUCAAUAUGCAGGUCUUCUCCAUCAGCUGACGGUGAAAGCCAAGAGCACCGUCCGUGAUAUCGAUCCUCAGAAUGACCUCACUUUUCUCAGGAUCAGAUCAAAGAAACAUGAAAUCAUGGUAGCUCCAGAUAAGGAAUAUCUUCUGAUUGUCAUUCAGAAUCCAUGCGAGUAGACCUUCCACUACCAAGUCUAUCCUCACGACACUGAGUUGGAAACACUUCACUCUUUAGUGAUUCCUAAAAUUAUAUUCCAAUCUGACUGGGUCUUUGGACAUUCUUUUCUAUUUUUACAUCUAAACUAUUCUACAUGUCUUUUCAGUCCCUUUUGAUUGCAUCGUG